CACAACCACUGUCAUUGGUACUACCGACAAAUCAAAAGUUGUAAAGAAUCUAACAUUUAUUAGACUCAAAUUCAGUAUGCAUUUAAAUUACACUUUUGCAGGAUUGAAAGGAAUAACGAAGUGUAUUAUCAGAGUAUAUAUCAUUCACGUAACAUAUACGUUUUGAAGAUUACUCUUUGUUUUGAUCGGAGUUUUCCUAUUAAAAACAAUAUUUAUUCAAACGACGUUUCUUAGAAAAUAAUCAAAUAUUGCAAAAAGAUAUUCAAAAGAAUAUCAUACGGUAUUUUAGCAAAAAAAAAAAAGAAUAUCAUACGGUCAAACUUAAUAUAGGAAUUUAUGAAGUGGGAAGAAUAGUUGCAUUUGGUCAACCUUAGUGAAUGAGAAAAUAAAAAGGCGAGAAAUGGGCCAUCCUAAUUUCCCAUAUUGUUUUAUCAAAAAUACCAAAAAAAAUCAUAAGCAAAGAUUAAAUCAUUUCUUUGAUUAAUUCUAAUUAUUAGCCACCCACCCACCCAUAAAACAAAUAAAUCAACAAAAAAAAAACUCUCCUCUCCUUCUUAAGAAGAAGCCUCUUGGUUUCAUUUAGUCCCAAUUAUCUUCCAAACUUCACCAAAAACCUUGUUAGUAAACAAAAAAAUUCUUAGUAUAUAUUACUCUUCAGAUCUUGAAGCUUUAUUACAAAGAUCAUUUGCUUUUCUUGAGAUGGGUCUUGAUGAUUCAUGCAACACGGGUCUUGUUCUUGGGUUAGGCCUCUCACCGACGCAUAAUAGUUACAAUUAUGCCAUCAAGAAGUCCUCCGCCACCGUUGACCACCAUGUCAAUCCGUCGUUGACACUAAGCCUCUCCGGUGAGAGUUACAAGGUCGAAAAGACGGUCUCCGGCGCCGGAGAUCAGAUUUAUCGGCAGACGUCGUCUCACAGCGGAAUCUCAUCGUUCUCGAGCGGAAGGAUCAAGAGAGAAAGAGAAGUUUGUGGCGACGGCGAAGAAGAGGCGGAGGAAACGGAGAAAAGAGUGGUGUGUUCGAGUGUAAGAGAUGAUCAUGAAGACGAAGAAGGUUUUAGUGCUCGUAAAAAGCUUAGACUCACUAAACAACAAUCCGUUCUUCUUGAAGAAAACUUCAAAAUGCAUAGCACUCUUAAUCCCAAGCAAAAACAAGCUCUUGCGAGACAGCUGAGUCUAAGGCCCAGGCAAGUUGAAGUGUGGUUCCAAAACAGGAGAGCCAGGACAAAACUAAAGCAAACAGAAGUGGAUUGUGAGUUUUUGAAGAAAUGUUGCGAGACUUUAACGGAUGAGAACAGAAGGCUUCAAAAAGAGCUUCAAGAUCUCAAGGCUUUAAAGAUGUCUCAACCUUUUUACAUGCAUAUGCCGCCGGCGACGCUGAUGGUGUGUCCUUCUUGUGAGAGACUCGGCGGUGGUGUUGCUGGAGGAGGCCGUGGAAGUACGGUGGCGGUGGAUGGAGGAACGGCGAAGGGAGCUUUCUCCAUCCCUUUUAUUAAUCCUUCUGCAGCUUGUUAAUUACUUAAUAAUUAAUUUGUUUUUGUUUUUUGUAUUUAAUUAGGAAUUGGGGUAUAAUUAGAUAAGACUCUUCAACGAUCCCACUUAAUUUUUCGGUGGGAUUGUCCAUUGUUGGUUGAUGAAGAAAAAAAUAGUUGUAAUUAUAGUUUUCAAUUUUUAGAGAAAAAAGAUAUAUAUAGUACCAGUACUUGCUAAUCCAUCUUAUUUAUUCCUUUUUCAACCCA